AACGCACAUAUCAAACAGUAAUGUGAUAGCCACUGUGGUAAAGCAGGUUUUGGGACCUUAUCCAUUCUAAUUUAAACGAAUGUCAGGUCUCCCACGUGGAAUGUUCUCACACGAGCCAACCGUCGUCAUGUCGACAAUCCUUCUGUUUAUCUGCUCCUAAAAAAGCCCUAGCUACCCGACUGUCCGCGAUAUUACCGUUGGGCCAGUGUUGGCAGUCUUUGAAUUCAAGAGGACCACAUAGAGUGAUUGACUCAGGCAAAUUGGGGAGUUGCUUUUCAAUUUGACAACGUGCCUAAACUGAUCAGUAUACGUGUAUAUUCAACGUGACAGAAGCUGAAACUGACCCUCGCUUUGGGUCGGGUCGACAUAUUGAGAGUGAUCUAUCCCGAAGUAAUGAAGUAUUUUCAGCUUUGUAAGGUCAGCGUAUAAACAUACGAUGGAGAGGCAAUCCUUGGUCGAACAUCAUAUGAGAGAACUGACGACUCAUGAUCAGCAACUACCAGGCGGAACAGGGGAACAGAUCACCAUAAAUGCAACAAACUGUUCGUUCAUACAACAACCAAAUUUGAAGUCUGAGCCAAGAUAUGACAGUCGCUACAAGAACCUACGAGAAUCCACUAAACUGCGACUACGGUCGUUUGACAACCGUCGGUUUGUGGAGACACGAGCUUGCCGUGAAGCAAAGCGGCGCCUGGCAUGCCACGGGAUGCUGGUUAUUGUUGGACAGCGAGGCAGUGGCAAGACAGCUCUGGGUCUGCACAUCCUAAAAUCAGUAACAUCGGGAUCAAAACCUGUUAUCCUGACCAGUCCAGAAGAUUGGGGGACCUUACCUCUGCAUCUACCAAAGAGGCAACACCCUAAAAGGAAAGUUACUGUUUUAGUGGACAACAUGUUUGGUGUCGACAGCAUUGAACCCUAUUUAAAGGCAUCAUGGCUGCAGAAAUUUAACAGCAUUUGGCCCCAUGUUGAAUUUGGAAGUGUGAACCUGGUUCUUUUGUUUUGUACAGAUAUUUUCAACACUUGCAAAGAACAACUGUCAGAAUAUGCAAUAUUCCAAACCUCACACGUUUUGUCGUUUUCAGAUCCGAACUAUCAAAUAACCCGUAAGGAAAAAAUACAAAUGGUUCAGAAUGUAUCUAAAAAAAAUCUCACAACAGUAGAAAAAUCGAUUGUUUCAAAACUUAGCAUAACAUGUUUUCCGAAGGUCUGUGAAUUCUAUGCAAGUAGCAGGGAAGCACAAGAGAGAGGCAUGCAGUAUUUCCAAAACCCCGUUGAAUGCUUAGUUAAGCGAUGCAAGAUACUGAGAGAACAAAAUGAUGUUCAAUACAUUGUCUUGGUUCUCCUUGCCGUGAUGCAGGGGCGGCUACCAAAGAGUUUUUUCUAUCCAGACAGACAGUCUAGUGAAAUCAAUGACACUGUUCUUGUUCUGAAAAACAUCAGAAGAUUUGUACCGUUUGAUAAAAGUCCAUGUUGUCUUGAAGGUGUAGCCAACAGCAUGGUUGGGGAGUAUUUGUCAUACUCAAAAUCAGACGGAACAUACCGAUUUCGUCACCCUCUAUGGUAUGAUUCUGUACUCCUGAGUUUUUCUAGUUUUCAUAUUAAAGACAUAAUUGACAUAUGUCCCACUAGAUUUCUGGUUCAAUACACAAGAGUCUCUUCGUGUAGUGCAUCAGAAGGAAGUCUUGUGUUUCAAGUUCAAAUAAACAGCUGCCAUUUCCUAGCACAGAGAAUAGCUUUUGAACUCACAGACGGGGACUUCUUUUCAGUGUUAAGUCAUCCAGCUUUGAAAGACAAACAAUUUAAUAUUCAUCUCACAAAAGACGUCUUGAAAUGCGAGGGCUGUACACGUAUCUGCCACAGAAGAAUUGGUCUCUUUCAUAUUUACAAGGAUGUUCCCUUUUCCUAUUCCAAUAGCAAAGCGUCAAUCUUAUCAAUCUUAUUUUCAAAACAGUAUAGAAGAUGGAUGGCCACCUACAAAAGUCUUAUUUGUUUGAUAAUCAUGCAGAAUUUUAAGACACUAGCAAAGGAAAUACUGGUUCAAGCGAGGUUGACACAUGAUAUCAGACUCUUACAUUGUGCAUGUUUUAUGGGGAACAGAGAUAUUGUCAGAGCGAUAUUACCUGAAACAAAUAUAGGUAAAAUUGAUUUCUCACGUACCAUCCUUCCCCUGUGCAUUGUAUCAGACAAAGAGGACAGAUUGUUGAUGAGAGGCCUUCUUCAGAGAUUCGUACAAACAGAAAGGUUCUAUAGUUAUUACCUUGGGGAUCUGGUGAGUUUGGCAAUAGCUGUUCUCAAGGUGAAAUAUGUAAGUGAGUUAAUCAAAUAUAUGAAGGAGAGCACAUGUUAUUACCAAAUGAUGAUGGACAGGUUUCUCCACCAGUUGCUGGCCCAGUUUUACAACUGUGAAGGUAAUUAUGGCAACAGACCAGGGAUUUUAACACAGAUGUUGGAACUUCUUCUGAAGAAGGGCGCUCAGGGUGACUGCAGCAAGAUGAUGUUCUUGGCAUCACAACACAAAUCACCGGAUGCUCUUAAAAUACUAUUAAGACACUGCUCAAUGGUUGAAUACAAAUUAAAAGUCCCUGGUGCUCAACAGGUUAUUUCACAACAGAAUUUUGGCAUAGAAGGCAGAACGCUACUUUUGGAAGCCUCAAAACGCAGUAUAGAGUCAGUUCAGUUGCUUCUUGAUUGUGGUGCUGACGUUAAUGCAGUUGAUACGAACAGAUAUACAAUUCUGCAUUCACACAUCAUUUAUUCCAACCUUGCCGUACUGAAUGUGAUUUUAUCACGAAUGACAUGUCCACUUCCAGAAUAUCGGGACAGCUCUUCAGAGACACCUUUGCACAUAGCCAGUGCAAAUGGUGACAUGGAAUGUUUUACUUUGCUUCUGAAACAAUACCCUCAUGUGAAUGUACGCACUACCAAGGGUUCAACAGCUCUCCAUUUGGCCAUAUUAUCAGAAAUUGGCAAAGCUGAAAAGGUACAGACCCUCAUCCAAGCUGGAACUGAUAUCACAAUAACUGAUAACGAUGGGAACUCUCCGCUCCACCUUGCUGCAGUUGGUAACAAUAUUCAGAUUGUUAAAAAACUUAUUGACACUGGGGCAAAUGUGAAUCAGGGAAACAAUGACGGAAACACACCUUUGCACCUAGCACUGUCAACACGAUCCACAAAAGCAUGUGUCAAAAUCCUUCUCAAAAUGGGUGCUAAUGUUUUGUUGGCAAAUAAAAAUGGUAUUACACCUGUCUAUGAAGCAGCUGUGACUACACCUGCAGACACUCUUGCAAUGUUAUUGAAAUAUUGUCUGAAGAAUUCAACAGGUAUGUGCAACUUAAUUCUACACCCUCUGACAAGUACCAACAAUUUUGAAAAAGUGAAACUCCUCAUCGAUCAUGGUUUUUGUCCAACACCAGAAUGUGCCCAACAGUGUCUUGUAAAACUUGCAACAGGUAAAUACCCAGAAGAUAUUUCCACUGACUACAUAUUUGAACGCCAGUAUGAUCUUACUUCAUUCACUUCAAUCAUUUCAAUAAUUUCAAUGGACCAUUUCAUGGGAUCUGAGAUUGACGUGAAAGAUACUUGCAGAGUCAUUGCAUUGCUAUGUGACCAUGGAGCUGAUGUCAAUCAAAUCAUUACUGAUAACAGAGCAAUCACACAGCAAAGACUAGACAAAACCAAACCCACAAUACCUAAAACGUACGAACAUGACAAUGAAAACAAAACAUCAGUGAAAUUAUCACCCAAUGCUGGAAUGACAGUUACUCAGCAAAAAAACAGUUAUCCUGCCAAAACAUUCUCAGAUGAAAAUGCUCAUUCAGAGAGAAACACGAUUGACGAGAGAGCAACUGAAAACAUACAAACCUUUGCAACAAAUGAAACAUAUCCUGUUACCACUGAAGACACCCAAAGGCUAAUCGGUCCAUGCUCUUUUGAAGACGAUGUAUAUGCCAACUGCAUAAUGAAUUCUGAAGAAGGUUUCCUUGACGCUGGUGUUGAUACCAGUAGCAUUAACAUAGCAUCUAGCACAACUGACAAAGCUCCAAUAAAAAGCACGGAAACUGAAAAAGCAGGAUUAAUAGAAGAGAUUAUUUCUGAAGAAGGUGCAAAUCCCAGGAAUGACAAUUAUUCUGAUGCAUUCGAAAAUAUGGUAGGAUACACGCCGCUCCAUAUUGCAAUUAUUAACAGUAACUGGAAAAUGGUGGUGUGUUUACUCAAGAAAGGAGCUGACGUUAGAAUACAACCCUCUCGAAAGGAAAUCAUUCCAAAUUAUAUCUGGGAUCGAUACAUACCAUUUGAGGUAUUCAAAUUACUUAUUGAACAUGGAUGGAACCUAACAUUAGUGGGAGACUCAAUACAAAUGUUUACAAAUAUUGCAUUUAAACACUUAUGGAAAACUAUGGCUUUGAUUUUAGAAAAGGGAUUUGUAAAUGUAAAUUCAAAAGAUCAGUGUGGUUCCAUUGCACUUCAUCGAUCAUGUCGUUCAUUGAAGUGUUUGAUGGUGCUGUUAGAACACGAUGUCAAGGUCAAUAUGCAAAAUAGGGAAGGACAAACAGCAAUGCACAUAUUGGCUGCCGAAAAUCAAAGUCAAGGUAAACUUGAUCUGUUGCUGAGGAACGGAGCCGAUCCGAACAUAAAAGACAUGAUGGGUGACACCCCACUCUUGAUUGCUUGCAGGAGAAGCAAGGGAAGCAGGAGUAAAAAACAUAUCGAAGAGAAAUUGUCGGAAGUUAAAGGGCUUAAAAAGAAAGACAUGAGGGCACAUUAUAACUGGAAGAUGUUAACCAGUCGAAUGUACCUUAAUGGUAGAGUGAAGGUGCUUCUGAAACAUGGCGCUGAUGGCAAUAUUAGGAACCGUGAUGGGUUUGCUGCUCUCCAUGUUGCUGUAGAACGAUCCAACUAUGAACUGUUGUGUGUUCUGUUAAACGAUGGAUGUGACGCUAAUGUUACAGAUGCUAAUAGAAACACUCCUUUGAACCUGUUACUGAAACUUGUGGGACAAUGUCAACUUGGGAAAGACCCAAAUAACAUACCAAAACGCAGACGAUAUAUACAGGUUUGGAAGUUUGUGAAGGAACUGUUAGAUAGGAAUGCUGAUGCUGAUAUCCAGAACCUCGAAGAGGAUGCCCCACUUCACCAUGCAGCUUCCAUGAACUGUCAGCGCUCACUGGAGUUGCUUUUAGAAGCUGGUGUCGAUGUGGAUGUAGAGGAUGCACAUGGAAAGACACCUCUACACAGAUGUGCACAAUCUGGUCAUGCUAGGAUCGCUAGGAUUCUGUUGGUAAACGGUAGUGACGUUAAUGCCAUUGAUGAUAAAGGCGACACACCUCUCCAUAUUGCUGUGAGAAGAAAGCAAUACAACCUUGUGAAACUGCUUGUGCAGGAGGGUGCUGAUCUGUCUAAAAAGAACACUGAUGGUCUCACUGCCUAUGAUACAUGUGUGGAGCUGGAACAUUUAUGCAAUACAGCCUGGUGGAUUCAUAAGGGACAAAAACUCUUACAUGUUCUAAAUGCAGUACCAUAACGUGGCAACUAUGGCUUUGAAUUUGCAGGCCCAACACAUGACACAAAAUAAUGUUUAUUUUUUAUUGUAUGAUAUGCCAAUCAAGGCAAACACUAUUUUCAAACUUGGGUGUGGGUGUGGGUGUGGGUGUGGGUGUGGGUGUGGUUAUGGGUGUGGUAAGAAUUUGCCUAUUAGUACUAUUCCAGCAAUAUUAUGUCAGGGAAAACUUGAAAUGGGUUUCACACAUUGUAUGCAUUGUGGGGAAUCAAACCUUAGCAUUCAUUGACAAGCAAACGUUUUAAAUACUGGGCCAGCCAAUGGCUCCAUUUCCUGACCAACGUAACAACCAUAAAAUGUUUGCUUUAUAUACAACUGGAGAAAAGCUAAGCACCUCCAGUUAUUUUGGCCAUGAUGUUUGAGAACUUGUGCACUGAUCCCAAAUCUAUGGCAUUGAAACCUGAACAUGUGUGAUUUUGUAAAACAGUUAUUCGUUGUCGAUAUAAAAUGGACAACAGUCAUGACAUAUAGAAAGUAACAUGUCUAAUAUUAGUGUUGAUUGUAUUGUGUUUUUUAAUUGUAUACUAGUGACUUAUGUAUGGAGCUGUGGCAUGGCCCAGGCAAGUGUGAAUAGUAAAUUGUUGCUAGAAAUAACGGUUAUUGUCCUAACACUCUUUCCAAUAAAUUAAAAAAGAAAUACAGGAAAAUCCAAGUGAUUUGAACAAAAUGUAAUGUAAUCAUAAGCAGAGACGUGUAUGCAAAAGCGUAGCUUCCUCGGUCUGAAAUUUACGAUCAGGCUAUAGAUCCCCAGCAACCCAAGUCAUACCAUCAUACUUGGGACUGCGGCAACUUCGCUGAGUACCCCUGCUACCUGCAUGGUAACCCAGCUGGGCUCACAUCAUCCCCCUACCUAGUGGCGAAAGUUAGUGAAGCCAACAAUAGAAAUCAACCAGUAUACUAUAAAUAAAACUCUGGUAGGAAUAAAACUACUUUGAAUGAAAUGGUCUUAAUAUCGUAAUAGAUAAGAUGUAUUGUUGUUGUUUUUUAAAUAUGCAUUUAAGAUUGCCAUUGUUUGACUUGUAUUGUUCCACUUUCAAUGCAUAUCCUGUUGAGCGGCUAUUACCACAUAAAGUUUAUGGGUGUGGUGAAAAAAUAGGAAUAUUUCCGUUGAAUCUAGGAAUGACCUUUAGCGUCAUGACUAUUCAUCGGUUUGAUGUCAGAUAUUAUAUAACCAUAUACACUGUGUACCUAUAUAAUCUUUAUUUUACCUUAUUUUACAUGUAUGACAUAUGAACUUUAUUUGUUUUGAUAAAUUACAUUGUUUUC